AUGGACUCUAUCUCUGUAAAGUAUGGCUUGCUGAAUUUUUUUGGCAACACUCAGUGUUCAUACUUUGCCAACGUCCGGUUUGAUAUUCGUCAAGAAGAUCCAAUUUAUUACCAUCAAAACUUUACGGAAGCUACGGAUUCUGUUAAUGCACAUUUCCCUAAUCCUAAAUUGAGCUACCCGGAUAGAAGUACUGGGAGCGAUGCAUUAAGAGUUAUCGAGAGGUUCUACGAAAAUGAUCAAGUUCCACUUUGCGGGUCGGUAGUGAUUAUGUUUUUGAGCCGUUUUCCAAAUGAAACCGAUAUUGCUCGAACAGUAGCCAAAGUUCGUCAGUAUAACGGAGUCGUUAGCGUACUUUUGCCGUUGGAUUCAACAGGCGGAUUACAGCCAAAGACAAUGUACAACGUUGCUUCAAAGACAAAUGGGAUCGCUGCUUUUGAGUGGAGAAACAACUAUUCCGAAGCAGUUCUUCGAUUUCCUACGUUUUAUAGGUUUCCAGUUUAUGCUCAGAAUAUGCAUGUGUCGGGAGAAGGCUUUGAACAAAUGCCACCGUUUUUAAAUCCAUUUGGCAUGCCACCGUUUUAAAAUCCAUUUGGCGAUUAUUUAUUUUUCAAUGCCAUGAUUACAGUCCAAGAUCACGGGAAGUUUUCUUCAAAAGUUAAAUUCGUCGAGCGUGAGAUUUUUUGGCAUAUCGGCACAUGCUGAGUCCGAAAAACUCGGCAAAUUGUGACGGUGCCGCACAUCUCUGGUACCAUGCUGAUUUUUUUAAAGUUUAAUUCCUUAUCGCAUAUCUUAUUUUCGUUGUUAAAAGUAUAUUUAAAUCCGAUAGGUGAGCGACACGGUAAAAUGAUAAAAAUUGAAGAUUUUAGCUAAAGUUAAUUCAGUUUCAUUAGAGCUCAUUUUGAGUCUACACCUACGAAAAACCCUUUAUCUAUGUUCUCUUCCAGCUCCCGAUGGUGCAUUCGAGUCAACUUCUGUUGUAUGGUACAACCCACAAUCUUCUCUUUCAAGCAAUUUCACAACCAACACUGAUAAUCUUGAAAUCCUCUACAACGGAACUUUCGACUCUGUUUUAUUCGCUUUUGAUGACAAGGUUUUCAACAUGACUUUUGAUUACUCGUAUGCGGAUAAUGAAACACAAAGCAUUCAGUUUCGAUUUUACAGUUUAUACCCUCCUCCCAAUUGGUUGCCGUAUUCCGACUGA